UCUCACCGUCUCCCUCGCUAGCUUAUUAUACCACUCCCAGCUAGUUCCCCAGUUCCUACCCUCAUUUUGAUCCUAUUGUUUCUCUCUGUUGCGCUACUGUACCUUGCAUAAGCACCAACUCGAACCUCAGGCGAAGACGGCCGUGCAGUCUCAGUGCACUGCAAAAAUGCCGGAAUACGUCUAUGCCCUCCAUGAUUUUGCACCUGAAAACCCAGACGAAGUUCCGUUCAAGGUCGGAGAUAGGAUAGAGGUUAUUGAGAAGGAUGACAUGUACGGAGAUGGUUGGUGGCAGGGCCGGAAUCCCGCCGGACAGUCCGGUCUAUUUCCGCAAAGUUAUACCUCCUCCACACCGCCAGCAUCCUCGACGGUAGCCUUCCCGGAUGCAAGUCAUGCCGAAUCAUCGUCUCCAACCGACGGCACCACAUCGAACACUGUUCUGCAAACCCUGCCCGAGGAGACAGAAUCCACGACCAAUGGCGCCCGACGCAGUCCCACUGAGAGUGACCGGGAGCGGAGGCCCAGGUCCGGCGACGUCAUGAUGCGCGAGACCCUGACAGACGUCCAGCAGGCGAUUGAGCAGCUUGGGCGCAGCGACCGCGACGGAGCGCGGUCUUUCAGCUACGCGAGCUCCCACGGGGACUAUAGCGAGCGCUCUGAGACCGAGACCGAGGACGACCGCGACACCGACGCAGAGCACGACGACGUGGGCUGGCACAAGGACGCACGGGCGAAGCUCGCGAAACGGGCGCAGCGGGAGAACGAGGAGCGGCAGGCUCGCGAGGCAGCAGAGGAGGCUGCGCGCGCGAUGAUACCCCCGAUCGACGUGGAGGUGAGCGACGAGAGCGAGGGCGAGGAGGAUGAAGAUUCGCCUGCGAGCCCUCACAGACACCGGCACUACCCACGGAUCGCGGAGGAGGACGAGGACGCGGAUGGAGAAGAGAGCCCGGUGAAGCUCGAGCCUUCGACGCCGGGACCGGCGGCAGCGCAGCAUUCUAAUGAGAGCAUCGUGCCCUCGGAGAGAUAUCUUGUCACCGACGAAAGCGAUCUGCGGACUGCUACUGCAAUGACCUUCCCCCCGACUCCUUUACCAGGUAGCGCCCUAGACUCGCUUGCGGCACACGGCAGUUCUCAUAAUAUCGCUGAGCCUACGCCAACUGAGACCACGAAGGACCUACAUGCCGAUGAACCUACUCCCGUCCCCGCGUCACCUGCAGCUGAACCAGCCCCCGAGCCUACAAUUUCAGUGAUCGCUCCUGGUGCCGUGCCACCUAGCGCUCCUGCUAGCCCCGUUCCUCAGGAUACCCUCCCUGCGACUAUGGCGCCGAUAGUCAUCGCGCCAACUCCGAGUACGAUCAAAGCCGCUGAGCAGCUGCCCUUCAACGGGACGUCAUCGCUACCAUCACCGACUGCUUCGUCCGCCGGCUCCUUUGCUCAGAGCAGUGCGGCUGGUAUCCAGCAAGCACUCACUACUCCCGCCACCACCGUUGCAAGCUCACUCAGGUCCUCUACGCCUCAAGCGAGCGGUACGAAUACACCGGAUCUUGUUAGGAAGCCUACUACCCACCCUUCGGAGUGGACCGUUGAUGAGGUUGUAGAAUGGUUGAAGUCGAAGGGCUUCGACCAGGGCGUGUGCGAUCAGUUCAUCGAGCAAGAGAUUACCGGCGACGUCCUCCUUGAGCUCGACGCCAACGUCCUCAAGUCCGAAAUUGGCAUCGCCGCCUUCGGUAAGCGAGUCCGCAUCAUCAAUGCCAUCGCCGAGCUGCGUCGCCCGCCCUCGAUCGACGAGGCCGAACCCCAGCCCGCAGGGUCGAUGCCCACCCCUCGGUCGCUGACGCACUCGUUCAACUACCCCGGCUCGCACCACUCACACCCGUCGCACUCGCACUCGCACUCGAUCCAGAGCUCCGCGCAACAUAGCUUCAACAGCUCGCCGUUCGGGCCGCCGUCUCCUGGGGUGGUCAGUACGAACGGGAAUGGACAAGUGGUUGGUGUGGCGCUGGCGUCGGUGAUGAGUGCGGAAAGCCCGCCACAUACAGGUGACUUGCCCGGGUCUCCCCCCACAAUGCGGAGCGGGUGGAGGGCGUCCGACCCAGGUUCGAUACACGGUAGUAUGAUCAACUUGGACGAGGAGACACGUGGGAGGUCUCCUGUCGGGCUUGGGUUCGGGCUGCCGAGCAAGGCUCCGAAGGGUCGCCCGGCACAGCUCCUGUUGUCGCCUAGCGAUGGUGCGCUAGGCGAGACGGCUGCUGCUAGGCAGGACAAGGCGAGGGGAGGCUCCAUCAAGGAUGAGCGUGCUGUCAUGAGCGAGACAGAGAGCGUGGCAAAGGAUUCGAAGAGCAGGCGUCGCUUGUUUGGUCGCUCUGUAGACUCCGGAUCCUUCAACGAGAAGGAUGCCGAGAGCACACGCUCUGCGGGCACUCCGGUCAGCUCGCCACCUCCAUCAGCCUCGCCUAUUGAUGAGACCAUCCCUAUCCGACGGAGAAGCAAGGGUAGCAGGAGCGUCGAUGACAAGAAGCCAGACCGACUCAGUUUGUUCGGAGCUUCGUUCACCGGUACCCUUGGGAAACACAGAAAGCCUGCUCCCAGGCUCUCCAACAUCGGAGAGAAGCCAGACGGCGAGAAACAUUCCGUUACACCGUUCUCUAGACUGCGGGAGAAGCGUUCCUCAAGUCGUCCCGGCACCGCUGACGGUACGAUGCAACGCCCGGAGAAGAAAGCUUCUAAGGACGAACACGAAAAGGGCCUGGAUAAAGAUAAGAAGGAGAGGGACCGCACGGUGUCGAUGUCGCCGCCGUCCAAAGAGCGCGACCCGGCGCUCCUGCGCAAGCGGACUACAUCGAGCGCUAGUUCGCCUCGAGGCAAUGCAAUCGCAGCCGUAGCGUCAGCUGCUGGAGGCCCGAAUCUCAAGGCUGGUCAGAGCAUCCUCGAGCAAAUCGGCACGCCCGAUCACAACGGCUGGAUGCGUAAGAAGGGCGACCGGUACAACGCCUGGAAGCUGCGGUAUUUUAUUCUUAAAGGCCCGCACUUGUAUUGGCUACGGAGCAACAACAAAUCGGAGACCAAGAUCAAGGGUUAUCUCAACAUCGUGGGCUACAAGGUCCUCGCGGAUGAGAAUGUGGACCCGGGACGAUACGGCUUCCGGAUCGUGCACGACACCGAGAAGUCACACUUCUUCAGCUCGGAUGAGCAGCUUGUCGUCCGCGAAUGGAUGAAGGCGCUUAUGAAGGCAACCAUCACGCGGGAUUACACGAACCCUGUAAUGUCCUCAUGCAAUAUUCCCACCAUCCCCCUUACCGUCGCCCAAGCGAUGAAUCCCGCUCCUAGGCCACCCUCCCCAAGCGCACGGGAUGCCACGCAGAGGGCACUACGCAGAGAGAAUCCCAAUCAGCUGUCGAGCCGUGACGCUCAAGUGCUCCUCAUGGGCAUGCCAAACAAGAAUCAGAACGAGCGCGCAAGGCUCGAGUCGUUCUUCACCAACGACACGGUCUCGACCAAUGAGCCCGAGUCUCCCGUCACGCAGAAGGCCAUGCCUCCUAAGAACACCGCGCCACCGCGCCCGUCACGAGAAGCGCGUCGCGCGAGCAUUGCGACUUUGGGGCAAGGGCCCAGUGAUUAUGACAUUCCAGUCGACGCUAGUCUGAUCGAGUGGGCGAACUCCCACCUUCCAAGCAACCUGCAGAUCAAGGACCCAGCCGGGCCGUUAUGCGGCGGGCUCGCGCUUCUCCGCCUGGCUGAGGACAUCAAGGGCAAACCCUCGUCGCCUCCGGUCCCGGAUUCGGCCUUCCCUACCAGCCCGUAUGACGACAAGCUCGAUGGGCUCUUCCGACUGUUCGAUUAUCUCCUCGACAACGACGUUAAGAUGGGCUCGGUGAGUAUCAACGACAUCCGGCAGGGAAAGCGCGAGAAGAUCAUCCAGCUCCUCCGGGCGCUCAAGGCUUGGGAGGAUAGGCGAAAGGCGAUCGCGCAGUCGAUAGGGAAGGCCCCGGUCGUCGCAGGUCCGUUCAUGGGCAUGUCAGGGCCACUUGGUUUCAAUCAGUUAUCGAUGGUAUGAUCAUCGCUUGGUUUCCGCACAUUAGGAGGAAGAGGGGUUGCGCGGUUGGAUAUCUUCUGUAUAUAGAUUCGUCAUCCGGUCGGACUAUCUCUAGGCUCUCUAGCAUACGUUCCUUACUAGCAUUUGCAUCUCUCUCGUCCAUUCCAUAAUCGAAAGAAUACUCAUGUAGCAUCCUCUCGCAUAUAUGAAAUUUUCGGUUUGGUUAGUCAC